AGUCCGUGAUCUCACUACAGCUCAUACACUUUUCCAUGUUGUGCUUUGGCGCUAUACAAAUAAAAUUUGAUUUGAUUUGAUUUGAUGCCAACAGGGAAGGAAACAUGUUUGCGUUCUGUAGAAGCCUAAAUCUAACUCGCACUGUUAUUUCGCAGUGUUGUGCUGCAGCGGACGUGUCCUCACAGCCGCUACAAGCUUCGGCUCUGUGCAGAAGUUACGUCAGGAAGUUCUCGGGGAGUCGCUACAAUGUGCCGCCGAGCGCAGAGUUUGUUUCGCGGGUGUCAGGCAUCCCCACCAUGGCCAAGCUGCCUUACCAGGAGACCGCGGACGGGCUUGAUGCGGCUUUUGUGGGUGUACCGAUUGAUACCGGAACCUCCAACCGUCCAGGAGCAAGGUUUGGACCUCGUCAGAUCAGAGGAGAGUCUGCCAUGCUAAGGGCUUGCAACAGUGCCACCAAGGCAGCACCGUAUGAGUCCCUCAUGGUGGCCGAUAUUGGGGAUGUCAAUGUGAAUGUGUUUGACCUGAAAGACACCUGCAGACGCAUUAGGGAGACCUACAGGAAGAUCAUGUCUGCUGGCUGUAUCCCUCUGACAAUGGGUGGUGAUCACACAAUUACAUAUCCAAUCCUGCAGGCUGUUGGUGAGAAGCAUGGCCCAGUAGGUCUGAUCCAUGUGGAUGCUCAUGCUGACACCAGUGAUAUGAUCUUGGGGGAGAAGAUUGGACACGGGACACCAUUCAAACGCUGUGUGGACGAAGGGCUACUGGACUGUAAGAGAGUGGUCCAGAUUGGCCUGCGUGGUCCAGGCUACUCUGCAGAUCCAUUUGAAUGGAGCCGGGCUCAGGGUUUCCGUGUGGUUCAAGCGUACGAGUGUUGGUUCAAAUCUCUUGCACCUCUCAUGGCUGAGGUCCGGGCUCAGAUGGGCAGUGGUCCAGUUUACCUCAGUUUCGACAUCGACGGUCUCGACCCGGCCUAUGCCCCAGGUACAGGCACACCGGAGAUAGCAGGGCUUACUCCGAGCCAGGUAAACCCAGCUGGCCUGAAUCCCUCUCAUCUAUCUCCUGACUUUUCUUUAACAGGGAACACUGCGCUGACUGGUGCCAACCUCCUCUUUGAAAUGUUGUGUGUCCUCCCAAAUGUUAAAUAUUACUGAUCAGGACAGUGCAGUCCCAGUGAUGACACUGAUUCAGCUACAACCACAGUUUUUAUUGGGGGGGGGGAGGGUGUUACAUAAAGCACUUAUUACAAUCUGCAGGAUAAAUACACAGUUUAAAUCCUAUUGAAACAUCCAACAGUUGUUUACACUAAAUUGUAAAGAAAAUGACAACUAAAACUCAGAACACUGGUAAAUCCAUGAAUAAUAAGUGUAUUGUUAAUUUGUAGUCAUUAAAUACAGGUCCUCUCACUAAUGUCGUUUACUUAUAUCUGUGCUAACAAAUGCAUAUUAAUGGUGACGGUACAAAAUCAACUAAUCUUGACUUCACUUGUAACUUUGUAUGUCACAUAAUUCUAUUGAUAUAAUGCAUCUGUGAACUGUGGAUGUUUGGAACACAGAGGAGUAUAUAACGUCGAUAAAUUCAUCUCUGUAAUAUUACUAGGAAAAAGGAUUAGAUGGUGACUCGAAUGCUGCCGGGGUCUAUGGAAAAGCUCCAGUGAUGGGUUUUAUGACCUGGUGUAAACACCAAAGAUUUGUGAUUUGUUACAUGCACAUCUCCUCCUGCCUUUUGUUCUGUUUCAGUACGAGUACAGGUUUUAGGAGACACUGGACAGAAAGAACAUGGAUCGUGUUGUAGUGUUUGUUCUCCAUGUCAAUAUGUAAUUAAACUGAGAAUCAUCAUCAUCAUCAUGCUGUUUUCCUUCAGUUCUUCUGAGACCCAGCGACUCACAAAUACAUUUCUGCAGCUAUAUAACUGGCAGAUUUACGUAGAGAUCUACGUAGAGACAGACAGAGAUGUGCAUACACACGUAACUAGCAGAUAUAUGAGUUUAC